GUGUAUGUUUCCUGAAUCAAUAGAAAACAUUGUACUAGGCACCUGUGGUGCGUGCCUGUAAUUCUAGCUACUCAGGAGGCUGAGAUCUGAGGAUUGUGGUUCAAAGCCAGACCAGGCAGUAAGUUCCACGAGAAACUUAUUUCCAAUUAACUACCAAAAAGCCGGAAGUGGAGCUGUGCUUAGGUGGUAGAGUACCAGAGGCCAGGCCUUGAAGUUUAACCCUCAAGCCAAGCAAGAAAAUUCAAACAAGCAACUGUAUCUCCUGGCAACAUGGUAGAAUCUUGGGAAGGACUAUGAUGCAGGAAAACCUCCAAGUCAGAAUGGUGUCUGAGCCACCUGAAAGUUAGGCUGUGGUUACAGAACAGGGAGAAGAGCAUAUAUCGUUUUAAAAACGAAGAGCCAGCAUAACAGUCUCGAAGAAAUGAAGUUAAAAGGCAUCAAUGUAGCUCCUGAAUAGAAGUGAAAGUCUGUUCCAGUAACAUGACUUCCAGUCGGAUAUUCCCAGCAGAUGACUUCGGAAUUUAUUAUGUCCUCGCGGAGUGCACGGAGCACUCGGGCCCGGCUGCGGUCAUGGAGGCGAAGGACACCCCGAUCCACCUGCAGGGGGUGACGGGCCUGCGCAACCUGGGCAACACGUGCUACAUGAACGCCAUCUUGCAGUGUCUCUGCAGCGUCUCCCCGCUGGUGGAGUACUUCCUCUCGGGAAAAUACAUCACCGCCCUUCAAAAGGACUGCAGCGAGGUGGCCACAGCCUUUGCCUACCUGAUGACGGACAUGUGGCUGGGAGACUCAGAUUGUGUCUCCCCGGAAAUCUUCCGCUCGGCGCUGGGCAACCUGUACCCGACGUUUAUGAAGAAGACGCAACAAGACGCGCAGGAGUUCCUCAUCUACGUGCUCAAUGAGCUGCACGAGGCUCUGAAGAAGUACCACCGAAGAUCGUAUGACAAGAAAACCAUGCAAAGAUGUUGCCGGAAGGCGAUCGCCAACGAGACGUCCAUCAUCACCCGGCUGUUCGAAGGGCAGCUCAACUAUGGCAUCACCUGCUUGAAGUGUGAGAACUGCACGUACAAGAACGAGGUCUUCACCGUCCUCUCCCUCUCCAUUCCAUCCCAGUACGAAUGCUCCCUUCAGGACUGUCUCCAGUGUUUCUUCCAGCAAGACACGCUGACCUGGAACAACCAAAUUCAUUGCUCUUUUUGUGAAACCAAGCAAGAAACAGCUGUGAGGGCCAGUAUUUCCAAAGCACCAAAAAUAAUUAUUUUUCAUCUAAAAAGGUUUGAUAUCCAAGGUACCACUAAAAGGAAACUGAGGACGGACAUCCAUUACCCGCUCACUAACCUGGACCUCACUCCUUACAUUUGUCCCAUUUUCCGGAAACAUCCCAAAUACAACCUCUGUGCUGUUGUGAACCACUUUGGCGAUCUGGACGGUGGCCACUACACGGCUUUCUGCAAGAACUCAGUAACCCAAGCCUGGUAUAGCUUUGACGACACUCGAGUGAGUGAGAUUCCAGCUACUUCUGUGCAAACCGCCACCGCCUACCUCCUGUUCUACAGCUGCCAGCCCAGUGCUAGGAAAAGUGUUCUGAGAACUGUGAACCGCAGUCAGGAAGUGCUGCUUGCUCAUUAAACUCUAACAACUUCCGAGCCCUGCCCGCAUUCCAGAGCCUUCCAUGACCCUCCC